ACAACACUAUUGGAAUGCGCCACUCCGGUCGGUCGGCGCGCGACUUGGCAGUUGCUCCACUAAGCACUAUGCGUCAAACCAAAUGUCAUUGCGUAAAAUAUAAAUAAACCCGAAUUAGCCAUGCGAACGUGCUCUGUGUAGUAAUAUAAUAAAAUUGGAACAGUUCAUCCUCUUCCGUUGAAGUUUAAUGUGUGUUUUACUCUGUGUCAAUAAAAAGUUAUUGUUCCGAAUUCAAAAAGUGCGAACGUGAAACCGAAGUGUUAAGUUGUGAAUUGACCCAUUUGUGUUGUGACGUCAUUUCUGUGUUUAUACUUUAUUUUUUGUCUUGAGGUGAAAGUUUCUUCUAUUUGGAUUUGAAUUUGGAAUGCAAUCGUUAUAACAUGCUAGGGAUAAAUAAAUAAACCGCUUGCAUUCCCAAAUUAUUCAUAUCAAAAUCAGUACAAACAAAAAAAAGAAAAUAUCAAAAAUGUGAGGGUAGUUUAAAAAAAAAUGUGAACUAAAAUGGCGGGCACUCGCAACAGUGAGCCGCCGCGUUCAACCGCCUACUACUACGCCGACCUUGAGAAGAUCAAACGUCAAAAUGGCGGCUAUCAAGAUGGCGGCUAUCAAGAUGACGGGUAUCAACAAGAUGGCGCGUUCAAACAAAAUGGCGUUCCACAAAAUAACCGUCACCCCCAAGAAAAUUACAUCCAAAACAUACAAAACAGACAGAACGAGCUAAGUGAAUAUGUCGAGAGCAAUGAAGUAGUCAACGAUGGUGGUACUAAAGACAUACCACCUCUAAGAGAUAGGUGGAGUCCUGAAUACUCUACUCCAGAGAAUGGAGUCAAAGUUGAGACGUACUCCACCGCGGGAACCUUCCCAAUGCCGGAACCCAAAGAGAAGGAACCCUUAUUGGCUGAGUUGGAGAUCGUUGGAAGGGUACCGUUGACCCAGUUGGAGUCAGGUCAGACUGUUAGGAGGAGUAGGAGCUGGUAUCUGUGCUGUCCAGAUAUAGGAGAGGAGGAGGCUUGCAGGCAGUCUUCGUGGAGGUACUCCAGUUUGAGACCUGUGACUGCACCACCAGCUCCUCGGAAUGGAGAUGAUCAGGUGGCAACUCAUAGUAGCGGGCGUGUAGACGACGUAGCUACCCUCCGCGCGGAGAGAGACGCGUUGGCGCGAGCGCUGGCUGCAGAGAGGCAGCGCGCCGCUUCUGCAGCUCGCGCCCACGACGCCAGACUGGCGGAGCUGCACGGUGUCAUCGCUGAGCUGGUGAGGAGGCGGGCCGCAGAUAAGCUGACGAAGACCAUACCUGAGGAGGAGGUGUCAGACGAGUGCGAGUCUACGACGCAGCCGGCGGGCGAGUUGGACAUCGACCCGGACGUGUCCCGGACUGAACAGAAUGACAACUCUUCCCUCCUCAGCCCCACGGAGCUGCCCACGCCCCAGGACCCGAAGCUGGACCCGUUACCCGAAGACACGGACGUUAGCACCACUGAACAUAUCAGGGCGGAGCACCCCAAGCUGGAAGUGUCCCCGCCGCAGGGCUCGGAGCAGUGCUCCAGUCUGCAGCUGUCGGAGAGAGACUCGGAGAUCUGUGUCAGCACUGCCAGGUGUUGUCAGUACGCGCGGGGUGGCGCAGAGGGCGGGGGUAGCUGCGACAGGGACCGGGGGUCGCCCGCUCUGAUGCCUGUCUCACCAGGUCGGUGCGAAGCUCGCGAGGCGAAACUGGCGUCCCGGGUUCGACUCCGGCGCACGGAAGACACCGAGUCCAAUCAGAUAUCAGACGAUGAGGCGUGGUGUGUGGAGGCGGCGGAGCGGCUCGCGCUUGACGUUUGCUCGCAGGCCGGCCUCCGGGAGGCGCUGGUCGCGGCCUCCAACGGAGCGCGCGGCGGCCGAGGCGGUGGCGUGUCGCCUCCUGCGGCGCCUGGAGGCCGCGCCGUCAUGGGGCGAAGCCCUGCUGUCGCCCGGCCCCUGGCACAACCACCACCAGAACAACGAGGGUGACAAAGAAGUGGAGCCCUGGAGCUCCGAGUGCGAGGCGAGACUCAGGGCGCACGCCGCGCGCCUCAAGCGGGACACCGUGGCGCUGCGGGAGCUUCGCCCACCACCCACAUUCUACUCACCGCAUGAUAUGGAGGAAGCGGAUUCGAGAUGCUCUGACUCCGUCAGUAUGGAGGAGAUGGAGGCAGCUGUGAUGAUGCAGGAGAUGUUGGUAGCGAAGGAGGCUCUAGCGAUGGAUCGCGCGGCUGCUUUGUUGAAGGAGAGGACCAAGCCAAGACAUGGAGAGAACGAGUGUACUCGCAGACGCCACAGAGAGAGACACUGGCUCGACACGCCAGCCUCAGAGACCGACUUAUAAUACGAGACUAUGAACAAUCUGUGAAAAUAUAAAAAAAGCUCCUUAUACGCAUUUUCAAUAUUAAUAACAAUCAAAAAGCAGAUUUUAAAAUUAAAAAAAAAAAAAACAAACAAAAAGUUACAGUAACCAUAAGCGCAACGUAUUCUAUCAUUGAACCAUAAGCGAAGCAAAGGAUUCUAUCAAUGAACCAUAAGCGAAGCAAAAAAUUCUAUCAUUGAACCAUAAGCGAAGCAAAGUAUUCUAGGAUUGAUAAGCGAAUCAGAGUAUUCUACCAUUGAACCACAACAAAGCAAAGUAUUCUAUCAUUGAACCAUAAGCGAAGCAAAGUAUUCUAUCAUUGAACCAUAAGCGAAGCAAAGUAUUCUAUCAUUGAACCAUACGCGAAGCAAAUUAAUCUAGCAUUGAUAAGCGAAGCAGAGUAUUCUACCAUUGAACCACAAACAAAGCAAAGUAUUCUAUCAUUGAACCAUAAGCGAAGCAAAGUAUUCUAUCAUUGAACCAUACGCGAAGCAAAGUAAUCUAGCAUUGAUAAGCGAAGCAGAGUAUUCUAAAAUUGAACCACAAACAAAGCAAAGUAUUCUAUCAUUGAACCAUAAGCGAAGCAAACUAUUCUUACGAGUAAAUAGAAUCCUGAUAUCUACUGAUUUCUGUAUUUAUGAACGUAUAAGGAGCUUUUAUUGUAUUCAAAUAGGCCUAUUUAUGCUUCUCAAAUACAAAUCUCAAAUUCUUUUAUUUCAUGUAGGCUUUACAAGCGCUUUUGAAAUCAAAAUUAUCUGUAAGUAGUGACUCUACUACUGGUUAAUAAAAAAAAUAAAAUUUGUUUUAAAAUUUAAUCUUCGAGAAUCCUAAUCGCGCCUUCCGUAAGUAUUUUAGAACUCAGUUUUUUUUGUUAUCACCAUGUCAAGUAAUUACAUAGAUGUAUAGAGUUAUGUCAAUAACCAAUUUAAUUUUAUAGUUUGUUAUAACAUAAUUUUAACGUUCAAAUUAUUCUUUAUAAAAUAAAAAAAAAUGUUGUAUAAUUACAUCUUUGUUGUAUAGAACUUACCAUAAUAAUAUCAAAAUUUGCGAAGCCGGGAAUCGAACCCAUGUCUAACACGGCCUGCGCGUCUUCACACUUCGCUUUAUAUGUUUUAUUGUUUAUUUCUUUUGCUGUAUCAUAAUCCAAGAAAACUGCUAUAUCUUAUCUAAGAGAAACCAUCCAAAAGUCGUUAUUACAUUUGAAAUUCCAAUAUAUUGCCAACCUAGUGGAAAAAGUAGAAUUUUGUGCGUCAAUUUCGAGCUACAAAGAAAUCCUUAGUGAAUUGAAAAGUAUUUGUUUUUUUUCAUGAUCUUUGCUGUUUUUUUUUUUUUGAAAAUUCGGUGCCCAUGGAAAAUUACUGUGCCAUAAUUAUUUUUUUUUACUCUUUCAUUUCCAGCAGCAGUUUCUUAUUCUACUUACAUUAAAUAUUUCAGAAGCGCAGUUUAUGUAACUAAUAGACAAAUGAUUAAUUUAGAUUAAAAACUGCAUAGACAGAGAAGUAAAUAGACAAGUACUUAUCGUGCUGUUGUAAGUCAAGUCAAGACAUUUCAACACACUGCAUUGAACCAUUUUUUUCAUUUCAAGAUAAAAUAGCCUAUGUAAUUCGCUGAUAAUGUAGCUCUUCAUUGGUGAAAGAAUUUUAAAAAUCGAUUCAUUAGUUUUGGAAGAUCUUCUAUACGCAACACACAAACAAUGAAAUCUUACCUAUUUAUAAUAUUAGAUAUUUUAGUGAAUUAUGAUUUGCAACAAGUUGGGAGUUGUGAUUUCGUGCUCGAUAAACGUAUAAUUUAUAUAUCUUUGUAACAGUUAUUAUCAAGUUUGAGUCUGAUAUACGUCACGCGUACACACUAAAUAUCGAAUAAUUUGGUCUGAGUGUUAUUCAUAUUAAUUUAUUACGAAAUUACGAAACACAGCUAAAACUCUCGUACGGAUCGUAUGGGUUCCGUAUGGGUUCGAAUGUAGUCGGGCAUACUCCGACGUUGUAUUACGUGGAGUUUUAGCCGUGUUUAAUAAUAAUCUUGUUUGUCCACGCAUGAGCAUCUUUUAUGAGGGAAAUCGAUGGACGCUUUAUGUCUAUUUACUUUUCUGUCUACGAAAAAUUGUUACUUUCUUUGUUAAAAUAAAAGCUGUUUUAGAUGCUUAAUGUGCCAAUAAUAAUAUAUUUUAAAAGUUAACGGUAGUUUUUAUUAUUAAUUUUGUUUGUGUAAUCGUUUAGUUAUAUUUAAAAAUUAAAUAUUGUAUAUAAAAUUA